AUGGACGACCGCCAUCACGAGGUGCUGGCUGUUGCCGCGCUGUUCUUUGUGCUUGCCUGGUUGACUGUCAGCUUGCGAGUCUACGUUAGAGGAUUCCUGACGAAGACGUGGGGAAAAGAUGACUCAUAUAUGGUUGCGACAGCAGUCGUAUUCACAGUAUAUCUGUCGUUCCAGAUGGUCUCCGCAGUGCAUGGAACCGGGCGACACCGUUGGGAUCUAAGCGACGAAGAUGCGAGAAUUGCGCUUAUGUUCUGGUAUCUGGGCGAGCUCCUCUACGUAUUGAUCACCUGCCUCCUCAAAUUCGCUAUUGGCUACUUCUACCUCCGAGUUGCUAUUCAACGCUGGCAUAUCUGGUGCAUCAAGCUGCUGAUGGCAGGUACUGUUCUCUUCGGAACCGUUUACUUCUUCCUGGUCAUGCUCCAGUGCCUACCCAUCACCGAGUUUUGGGAAAACCACCCAGCUUCUAAAAAAUGCCUGCCUAAAGGCCCGACGCUUGGCAUCACCUACGCACUCGCGGUUGUCAACGCUGCUGCGGACUGGGCAUUUGGAACGCUUCCAUUUUUCAUUGUGUGGGAUCUAGAGAUGAAGCUGAAAACGAAGCUUCUGAUUGCCGGCAUUCUCGCUUUUGCAGCCAUUGGAAGUACUGGCACAAUUGUCCGCAUCUUCUACAUCAAUACUCUAAUGGACGGCCCCGACUUUCUUUACGCAACUACGGAUAUUGCCAUCUGGAGUACAGUCGAACCUGGUAUUGGCAUAGUAGCCGGAUGUAUAGCCACGCUACGGCCGCUUGUUCGGCACUGUAUUGGGCUUAUGAGCCUUGAGGCCGCCCCCCGCGACCGACGAAGCCGCACAUAUUCUCCCUCCAACAGCAGGCUAAGACGAAAGGACCGCCGUGGCUAUCGACGUAGCCUGAGUCCCUCUGAUCUAGUACCCACGGAACUGAGCGGCACCACCUCGACAGAAAUUUACGGUCCCAAGCGUAUGGAUUACCAGAGUAUGGAAAUACCUCUAACCAUUGUCGUGACCGACGAGAGCCCGGCUCCUCACGGACACAUCAUGCAGACCACCAUGAUAGAACAGGAGAGUGAGAGCGUCCCUUGGCAUCACCUGAGGGACAGCUUCGAGAAUAGUUUCACCAAGGGGACCGUUCUCGGCCAUGGGAGAUUCCGUGGCCCAGACUGA